AUGUCGCUGCCCACACGGGGAUCAGCAGUUUUCUCACUUUUCAUUUCUGUGUUCACAGAUGAAUUUAUAGUGAUUGGCCCCAAGGACCCCAUAAUAGCCGUGCUGGGUGGAGAAACCAUACUGCCCUGCACCCUGUCCCCUGCCAUGAAUGUGGAGACCAUGGAGCUGCGGUGGUUCCGUUCCAAGUUCUCCGAAGCUGUGUACAUCUAUCAGAACCGCCAAGAGCAGAGGGCAGAACAGAUGCCACAGUACAGAGGGCGGACCUCCCUGGUGAGAGACCUCCUCAAUCAGGGGGAGGCUGCUGUGCGGAUCGACAAAGUCCAGGUUUCUGACAAUGGGAUGUACACCUGCUUCUUCAGAAAAGGAGGUUUCUACGAAGAGGCGACACUGGAGGUGAAAGUGGCAGGUGUGGGCUCUGUCCCGGAAGUAAGCAUUGAAGGGCCAGAGGAAGAUGGUGUUCGUGUGGUGUGCACAACCUCUGGAUGGUUUCCGAAGCCACAGCUUCAGUGGAAAGAUGUUAGCGGAGAGAAGUUCCUGGCUUUCACAGAGGCUCAUUCCCAAGACUCAGAGGGCCUGUUUCACAUGGAGGCCUCACUGGUGGUGAGAGACAGAUCUGCAGGGAAUGUGACCUGCUCCAUCCUCAACCCCAUUCUGGGCCAGGAGAAGGGGAAGGCCAUUUUCAUCCCAGAGCCCUUUUUCCCACAGACCUCUCCCUGGAAGCCAACUUUUAUUGUAAUCAUCAUCAUAAUGGGGCUCCUCAUCUUCCUGGCUGCCUAUUUUAUUAAGAGAGAACAUUCGGAAAAGUUGCAGGCAAAGAAAGAACAGGAGAGCCUUCAGCGGACUAAGGAGAAGGACAGACAUAUAAAGGAGGAUGCACUGAAGGACAGAGGGAAGAAAGCUUAA